AGUGGUACCACUAUCGCCAGGCCAUCACGCAUAAUAAUCAUAUAUAUUGGUUUGAUAGCUAUUAUUCACAGAAUUCUUCUCUUUCAGCCACCAUGACUGGAAGCGCCACCGCCGGAGCCACACAUAUAUUGGUAUUCCCAUUCCCAGCCCAAGGACACAUGAUACCACUCCUUGACUUCACACACCAGAUCGCUUCCCAAACACGAGACCUAACCCUUACCAUUCUUGUAACCCCAAAAAACCUCUCUCUCUUAUACCCCCUCCUCUCCGCUCACCCUUCCAUCCGCACUCUACUCCUGUCUUUCCCAUCUCAUCCCUCUAUUCCUGAUGGCGUUGAGAAUGUCAAGGACAUGGCUCCUGGCUCAUUUCGUUUCAUGAUUCCCGCUAUGGCUGGGCUUCGAGAACCACUGACACAGUGGUUCCGGGACCACCCAUCGCCACCUACCGCCAUCAUCUCUGACAUGUUCUUGGGCUGGACCUACAACCUCUCCGUCGACCUGGGUAUCCGACGGAUAACGUUCUCCCCAUCCGGCACUUAUGCCUUGGCCGUCAUCCAAUCGUUGUGGCACGAUAUGCCCAAGCGGCGGGACCCCGAACCCGACGGUCUAAAUGAGGUCCUUUCGUUUCCCGAAAUUCCGAAUUGUCCGAAAUACCCUUGGUGGAAGUUGUCUUCUCUGUACCGAUCCUACCUCGAGGGAGACCCGGAUUCAGAAAUUGUCAGGCAUACGUUCCUUGGUAAUCGGGCGAGCUGGGGACUAAUCGUUAACUCAUUCAACGAGUUGGAAGCCGUUUAUAUUGACCACCUGAAGAAAGAUUUAGGCCAUGAUCGUGUUUGGGCCGUUGGGCCUGUACGGCUUCAAUCUGAAGAUCCAGCUGGGCCCACCGAGAGAGGUGGCCCUAGCACCGUCUCGGCAAACCACAUCCUGUCGUGGCUAGAUAAGUGCGGUGAUCGUAAGGUUGUGUAUGUGUGCUUUGGUAGUCAAGUUGUUUUGCGCAAUGAUCAAAUGGAGGAGCUGGCGAAGGGUUUGGAGAGAAGUGGGGUCCAUUUCGUAUGGUCAGUUAAGCAGCCAACACGAUCACACGUGGAGGGUGAUUAUGGGAAGGUUCCAAUUGGGUUUGAAGAUCGUGUGGCUAAAAGGGGUUUGGUGAUUAGAGGGUGGGCGCCACAAGUGAUGAUUCUACGACAUCGGGCUGUGGGUGCGUUCUUGACUCAUUGCGGGUGGAACUCGAUCUUGGAAGCCAUUGUAGCGGGAGUACCGAUGCUAGGGUGGCCCAUGCAGGCUGACCAGUAUGUCAAUGCUACUUUGUUGGUGGACCACUUGGAGGUGGGAAAGAGUACUUGUGAAGGAAAUCAAACUGUUCCUGAUUUGACCAAGUUGGCUCGAGCUUUUGUAGAAUCAGUUGGUGAGAAUCAAGUCGAAAGAUAACGAGUUGAAGAAUUACGUGAAGGGGCAAUUCAAGCCACUAGGGAAGGUGGCAGUUCUACUAAGGAUUUGGAAUCAUUAGUUGCCCAUUUAAGAGACACAACAUUUUAUUAAGUUUUGGUUUAUGCUUGAAAAAUGUUUAUAUCACUCAAGCUCAAUAUGUUUCAACAAGUUCUACUUAUGAAUUGUUAGCUAGGUCGUGGCAGUGAAAGUAGAGCCAAAAUAAGUAAUAUAUUUAUAUUUUCAACCUUCCUUA